UCUGGGUACCUCAGUCAAGAGGAGUUGGUUUGAAUGAAGGAUGCACUGCACUGUUUCCUUUUCUGGAAUCACUGUCCUCUCAGAGCAGCUCACACACAGGGACUGACCUCUGCCUUGACUAUUUGGGAGCAUGGCUGAGGAAACCUUCUAGAGCUGUUUCCAGACAUGCUGUGCCAGCUCCAAUCCAUCAUGAGAAGAGGUAAUGACACCUUGGUGACUGAGUUCUUUCUGGUUGGAUUCUCUCUGCCCUCACAGCUGCGCUACAUCCUGUUCACAGUCUUUCUCCUAAUCUACAUCAUCACACUGAUGGCCAACCUGCUCAUCUUGAUGGCCAUCCAGCUGGACUGUGCUCUGCACACCCCCAUGUACUUCUUCCUGUUCACCCUCUCACUCUCUGAGACCUGCUACACCUUUGUCGUCAUCCCCAACAUGCUGGCCACUCUGCUGUCUGGAGGAAAACCCAUCUGCUUGGUGGGCUGUGCUCUGCAGAUGUUCUUCUUCCUGUCGUUUGCAUCUACCAACUGCUCCCUGUUAGCAGUGAUGGGCUAUGAUCGUUAUGUGGCCAUCUGCCAUCCCCUGCACUAUUCAGAGCUAAUGAACCUACGUAUCUGCUUACAGUUUGCAGCUUCCUGCCUCUUCUUUGGCUUUCUGAUCCCAGCAAUAGAGGUUUAUCUCAUAUUCAACCUGCCAUACUGUGGCCCCAACAGGAUCGACCAUUUCUUCUGUGACAGUGGCCCAGUGCUCCAGCUGGCCUGCACUGACAGCAAGGUCCCCAAAAUUGUUGUUUUUGCAGGUGGCCUCCUGUUCAUCAUCGGUGCUUUGCUCCUGAUCCUGCUGUCCUAUGUCUUCAUUCUUAGUGCCAUUCUCAAGAUCUCUUCAGCCCAGGGCCGGCACAAGGCCUUCUCCACUUGUGCUGGCCACAUCACAGUGGUCAUUGUGCACUAUGGCUGUGCUGGCAUCAUCUACCUGAGACCCAAGUCCACUCACUCACUGGAGCAGGACAAGCUCAUUGCUGUGUCCUACACGGUCUUCACCCCACUGCUCAAUCCCAUGAUGUACAGCCUGAGAAACAAGGAAGUGAGAUUGGCCCUUCGGAAGACAAUGACCAGCAUAUUCUGCCCCCAGAGAGCAUAAGAGCAACCGGACUCUUAGUCGCACAAAGUGGUGGAAAAUGCUACCCUUCACCCGGGCUGCAAAGCAAACUUCAAGUCUGUGGUUCGACUGGAAGGUGUAAUGCUGCCAUCAAGUGGCCCUUUGCUCUGCAGACACUACUACAGGCCUGGUGAAAACUGCUGGUUCUACUUAGCACCUACCUUCAGGGCAAAUGGCAGAAGUAAUCCCACCCUUUUCUUGAGUGAGCAAGCUCCUAUGGUAGAAGUUUCUGCCCAAACCCAUUAGGUGCCAGGCCAGGCUGUGCACCUUGAGCAGCUUCCUGUGAUCUGAGUGCUGGUGUGGAAGUGGGCAGUGUUUGGGAAACUGUGAGUGAGGCCCCGAGUGGAGGCAGAGGGCAGAGCUCUCAGGGCACAGGACUGGCUGGGAGAGUGUGAGCGGGGCGCUGCCUGCUGCUUCAUUACCUCUCUGUGUCCAGGGAAAUGAGCCUGUGUGCACUAUUGAUGUGAAUAAACAGGAUUGCCCCAACCUAACACCUGAGUCUCAAGGUCCAUUUCUCCUAAUGGGAAUAACUGGCAAGCCACUGAUUACUGAUGAACUGCCUUAUCAAAAGGGAGCGUGGAGCUGACUUGGCACUGACACCACACUUGGCUCUUUCAGGGGGAGGGGGAUGGGGGGGUUCACCCCAUGCAGGGGGAGAGUACUAGACCAGACACCACACAGCUCACAGCACAUGCCAGAGAGAUGGAUCCCACAAGAGAGAUGAGUGCUGUGGCCCUUAGCCCUGGGAGCCCUGCUGCCCAGUGGGAUCUUCCAGCCAGAGUUGGGGCCUCAGUCCCAUGCCUGGAGAGAGACAGGUGUCUCUGAAUGGGUUGCACAACAGCCUUCAGGGUGAGUGUGGAGCUGCCUAAGUCACUGGGUAUGAAAUCAUAUGCAGAGUGUGGGGCUUGAACCCCGGCCCUGAAAGAUAACUUAAUCUAAGCUUAGCCCUCAAUUCCCUUGUGGCACUGGAGCUGAAUUAGUGCAGAUUCUCACCAAUAAACAGAGACAGGUCUGCUAAUAUCCACCCAUACAC